AUGUUUUCUUCUUUUGGGAUCCAUGGGUCUCCCCAUCUCUCUUCACAAUGUUUCUUUAUUUCCUGUAGGAAACACAGACUGACAAGAACGCAAAGUGCCUUUUCCCCGGUUGUUUUCAGCCCCCUCUUCACAGGUGAAACGGUGUCGCUGGUGGACGUGGACAUCUCUCAGCGAGGACUGACCUCCCCUCACCCUCCGACGCCGCCGCCGCCACCGCGAAGGAGCCUCAGCCUUCUAGAUGAUAUCAGUGGGACGCUGCCUACAUCUGUCCUAGUGGGUCCGAUGGGGUCCUCCCUGCAGUCUUUCCCUCUGCCUCCGCCUCCUCCACCCCAUGCCCCAGGUCAGCUUAGCUGUAGCAGCAAGGCUCCCACGCCUUCCCGCGGAUCGUCCCUCUGCGGCCGGCGGGGGCCCGGGCCCGCCACGCGGGCCCCGCACCUGCAGUGUCCCCUGUACCGCCCCGACGCCAGCAGCUUCGCCGCCAGCUUGCGGGAGCUGGAAAAGUGUGGCUGGUACUGGGGGCCUAUGAACUGGGAGGAUGCAGAGAUGAAGCUGAAGGGGAAGCCAGACGGGUCCUUUCUGGUCCGAGACAGUUCCGACCCCCGCUACAUCCUGAGCCUGAGCUUCCGAUCGCAGGGCAUCACCCAUCACACCCGCAUGGAGCACUACAGAGGGACCUUCAGUCUGUGGUGUCAUCCCAAAUUUGAAGACCGCUGCCAGUCUGUGGUGGAGUUCAUAAAGAGAGCAAUCAUGCACUCAAAAAACGGGAAGUUUCUUUACUUCCUCCGAUCCAGGGUUCCAGGUCUCCCUCCAACGCCUGUCCAGCUGCUGUAUCCAGUCUCCAGGUUCAGCAACGUCAAAUCCCUUCAGCACCUUUGCCGCUUCCGGAUCAGACAGCUGGUCCGUAUAGACCACAUCCCAGAGCUCCCCCUGCCCAAGCCUCUGAUCUCCUACAUUCGCAAGUUCUACUACUAUGACCCCCAGGAAGAGGUGUACCUGUCACUGAAGGAAGCUCAGCUGAUCUCCAAACAGAAGCAGGAGACUGAAUCUUCAACGUAGCAAGGCUGCCUCUCCCGUCUUGUUGCUGUCACUGAUGGAAUUUGAUAGUUGCCAUCCUGUAGCCCAAGUCAGGCUGUGGUGGGAACAAAGCACACGAAAGUGAAGCCUGCUUCUGCAGUGUGACUUCUGCUCUCAAGCUCUUUUGUAUACAGAAGAGGGUUUAAGACUCCCAGGAAGCACAGCAGAACAGGAACAAGAGCCUCAGCUCCUGGCUGGGGGAGAGGGAGUCUCAGGAGAGAGCUGAGCCCAACUCACGGACUCCUUGCAGAACAAAGAAUGUCAUGGCACUAUUUACGAUUUUUUGAAAGUUUUAUUUUUGAUGUCUUCAUUUUUUUGUUUAUUUUCAGCAUGGGAAAUAUUGUCUUAUGAUCAGCUGAAUUUUAUUAUCCUCCCUUGGAAACUUCAAGGUCGGGGGGAAGAGAGAGAGAAGGGGACUCUCUAGGAAGGUCUUCUGCUCCAGGCAUUAUGGUAAGACUGUUCUUUGGCUCUCAUCAAAAGGGGCUGCAGCCAGAGAGCUGCUUCUGAGGCAGAAUGAGCCAGAUUCAUGUGCAGCUAUGUAGAAAAACCUCUGGGGAACAUGGACAGCGUGCAGCUCUAGCUGCCCUGCUUUCUAGCAUUU